CUGGGCUGAUUUGGGCUGUUCUGCUCUGCUGCUGGGUCAUCUCUGGGAUGAAGCUCUCCGGUCUCCGCUAGUGGACCAGGCAGCGUGUGGGGCUGUGUAGUAUCCCCGUGUGUUAAGUUAGGAAAGGUGGCUACCACCUUAAGUCGUUAUGUUAAGUGUUAAGUGUCGUGUUAUCUAAUAAAUAGUGUUGUCUCCAAAGUUCCAGUGUGCGUCUGAAUUUAAGCCACUACACUUUUGUAUGGACAUGAGAAGCAACUAAGGUUUACAAACCUGUCCUGGUUUUUUCAGGAUCAUCGUGUUGUUGAGGUAGCUUGCCCGGACAAUCCAUUCUUCACAAUAAUGGCUUACAUGUCCAGCCUAUCUGAGAUUUCUCCCUUUACCCUGGUUCUGACAUUGGCUGCCUUCAUUUUGUCUGCAAUUUACUUGCUAUGGCCAUACCAAAUCUUCAAGAAGAUGGGAGUUCCUGGGCCAACACCUUUCCCACUCGUGGGAACUUUCCACCACUACCUCAAGGGAUUUAGAGAAUUUGAUGCAGAGAGUUUCAGAAAAUACGGCAGAGUCUGGGGGAUUUACGAUGGCCGGGUGCCCGUGCUCAUGGUGACUGACACAAGCAUGCUGAAACAAAUCCUCAUCAAAGAUUGCCUGGAGUCCUUCACCAAUCGCCGGAAAUUUGGACUUAGCGGGCCCAUCAAAGAUGUUCUGCUCAUAGCUGAAGAUGAGCACUGGAAGCGUAUCCGAAAUGUGCUGACUCCGGCGUUCAGUGGCGGAAAAAUCAAGCAGAUGUGUCCCCUGAUUCAGCGCUGUGCUGAAGUGCUGGUGCAGAACCUCCACGAACCGUGCCAGUCGGAACAACCAGUGGAUUUAAAAGAAAUAUUUGGAGCGUACAGCAUGGACGUGAUCGCAAGCUCAGCCUUCAGUAUGGACGUGGAUUCUCAGAUCAACCCCAACGAUCCAUUUGUCAUAAAUGCAAAACUUAUUUUCAAAAUAAACUUCGCAAGCCCUUUAAUUGCUGUAAUUUUGUUCUUCCCAUUUUUGAUCUCUCCACUUGAAAGACUGGGAGUGACUUUGUUUGAUACAAAAGCGAUACAUUUUUUCCAUAAAAUUGUUCAGCAAAUGAAAAAACAACGUCAGAAAGGUCUGAAUGACAUGGGAAGAGUAGACUUUCUGCAGCAGAUGGUGAACGCUCAACUUUCCGAAAACAUCUCGGAUGGAAAUGAAGGGAAUACUCCUGCAGAAAAGUAUUUGACUGACGGUGAACUGGAGUCUCAGGCAGUGCUGUUCCUCAUGGCUGGUUAUGAUACCACAAGCACAAGCAUCACCUUUUUGGCCUAUUGCCUUGCUUGUAACCCUGACGUCCAGACUAAAGUCCAGCAAGAGAUCGACACAAUUCUACCAGAUGGCAAACUGCCAGAUUAUGAUACUUUGAAGCAGAUGGAGUAUCUGGACAUGGUCGUGUGCGAGACUCUGCGGAUGUACUCACCAACAUCUCGUACGGACCGCGUCUGUAAAAAGACGACGGUUGUGAAUGACAUGGUCAUACCCAAGGGUGUGGUGGUCACUGUGCCACUGUGGGUGCUCCACUACGACCCGCAGUACUGGGACGAACCUCACGUGUUCCGGCCUGAACGAUUCACCAAGGAGGCCAAGGAGGCCCGUGACCCCUACUGCUACCUGCCCUUCGGUCACGGACCCAGGAACUGCAUCGGCAUGCGCUUUGCCCUGAUGUCCCUGAAGAUGGCUGUCUGUCGCAUCCUGCAGCGCUACUCCUUCCACGCGUGCAGCGAGACCACGAUUCCACCAAAAUUUAACAAGAAUACAUUUUUACAGCUGGAAAAACCACUGAAGGUGAAAGUUGUGGCGCGAAAGGAGGCCGAGUGAAAUAUGAAUUGGGUGAUCGAUUCGGAAGGAAGCAAGCGUGACAGCUCCAUUCACAUUGCUAAGUUGGAACACGUCACCUUGCCAAUUAGCACCAUUGUCGGUGAUGGCUAUGGGCAGCAUUUUCCAAAAAUGCAGAAAAAAGGAACGUUUGUCAAUAAGUUAAUCACCAUUGGAACCUCAUUUGCCAGUAAAAAAUAUGGUAAUUGGUUUUUUACCCUUCUAUCUGGCAACAAAACUGACACCUUUUUUACAAGGAGUCAUGUUUGCAUAGACCACAAUACCUGCAGUCAUAAUGCAAACAAAAACAUAACUCUGAUAAUGUAUGCACUGUCCUUGAAGUUCAUUGGUCCACACCCGAGACAGCUUUCCUUAGAGCCUAGUCUCACAUGGGUUGGACCAGAUGACGCCAAAAGGCGCACAACUCAAAGACAAUGCACCAUCAGAGUAUGAGAGCUCGGGGUAAGCAUUUACACCAUUGGAACCUCAUUUGCCAGUAAAAAAUAUGAUAAUUGUUUUUUACCCUUCUAUCUGGCAACAAAACUGACACCUUUUUUACAAGGAGUCAUGUUUACAUAGACCACAAUACCUGCAGUCAUAAUGCAAACAAAAAACAUAACUCUAAUAAUGCCGUAAAUUCUACAUUAUCAGAGUUAUGUUUUUGUUUGCAUUACCACUGCAGGUAUUGUGGUCUAUGCAAACAUGACUCCUUGUAAAAAAAGGUGUCAGUUUUGUUGCCAGAUAGAAGGGUAAAAAACAAUUAUCAUAAUAAGUUAAUCGUGCCUCGCGCGUGUCUUAAAAUAACAAUUUCUGUGGUGCUAACAUUUAUUAUUGCCAACAUACAUAUUGAAGUUCAACUGUGCAGGAAUAUAUUACUUCUACAUUUUGCGAAUAUAUUGACUCAUAAUUGUCUUUUUAUAUUACAGUAAGUGAUUACAUUAAUAUACUUGUUAUAAGUUACUUUACAUGUGGGUAUCUAUCGCGAUUAAGGUCGGGUUUGUAAUAUGGGUCCAUGAAGUAAGUAUACUUGCUAAAUAAAUACGUGAAUCAC